AUGACGCAGAUCCAUGAGGGCAGGUGUAAGCGGCGGCGUGGCUACGUGAUGACGCGGAUCCAUGAGGGCAGGUGUAAGUGGCGGCGUGGCUACGUGAUGACGCGAAUCCAUGAGGGCAGGUGUAAGCGGCGGCGUGGCUACGUGAUGACGUUAGACCACGAGGGGAGUAUGCGGCGGCGUGAUGACGUUGCUGCGGCGCCCCGACCUGGAGUGUUGUGCGCUCCCCACAUGGACAACGCGUUUCCUCACUCGCUGUUCCCCGGGUUUUACAACUCCGGUCCCUCGAGCGGCGCCGACGCCGAGGCCGCGACAGUCCUCCAGGCGUUCGGGGACUGGGGCUCCCACGAGCAGAUCCAACCGCUCCACCCGCCCGCCGGGGAGCGGCAGCAGCAGCAGCAGGCAGGAGAGCGGAAAUGGGUAGCCCUGAGAAGCCUGGCUCGGGAGAGUUGGGAUCCGCUGGAGCCAGUGGCUGUUCCGCUACUUCCUCCAAACGCAGUCUGCAAGUUUCAACCUGCAUCCCUGGAAGACCUCUCUUAUGUCGGGAAUGUAAUGAAAAGCCGGGAAAACAACGAGCUUGCAAUGCGUGCACUGAACUUCCCAGAGCAGAUGGCUUACUUCUUUAUUGAACACCGUGACGAUGCCUUCAGGUCAAUGGGUAAACUUUUGGAAGAGAGCUUUUAUUUCGGAGACUGCAUUCUCAGGGGAAGAGCCAGGGAUAAGACAAUAAGUGUAAAUUUCCUGACAACGUUCACAGAAAGAGUGAAACAGAGGCAAUGCCCAAUAUCUAAUAACACUCCCCGAGCAAGACUUUCAAGUCAUUUGUUCGGUGAGUCCAUGUUUGAUAUUCCACCAACUUUACUGGCAGAAAACGUUCACGAAGAAAUGAACUUCCAAAGAAACCAACUUCUGUUCAAUCACUCUGCCACUGGUGGUGCUCUCGUGUACUGGCCGUUUUCUGAAGGAUCCAGCUGUGAAGAAGGGUGCCUGAUGUAUCCCAGCACCGACUUGAUGAGCUCCCUCAACUUCCGCAAGAUCAAAUUAGAUUUUGAUGAUGAUGAAGUGCCAAAGUUAAAUGCAAAGUUUAAUAAGCCAGCCUCCGUCAGCUUGAAUGGUAGGAUCAAUCAAAUCGCCUGCAGUGAGGUGGACCAGGAAGUGUUUGUAGGUGUUCGGUCGGACUAUUGUUGUGGAGCAUGGAAACUGUCCAAGAGCAUGAAACCUUCUCCUCUCCAGGUAGUUCAAGUGGAGAAUGUAGCUACCUGUGUGAAUGUUAGUCCUCACCUUCCAGGAGAGUUGGUGAUUGCCAGCGAGUGUGGAACUGCUUACCUCUGGAAUGUAGACAAAGGGCUUCAGAGGAUUCGAAAGGAAACCGAGAAUCUCAACUUCAAUGCCCAACUGCCUUGGAGAUGGUGUGAUUUCACAGCUCACCCACGGGUGUAUUUAUACGCUGACAGAACCGGCCUUGAUCUGACUGACGUGAGGGCUGGCGAGUCCUGUAACCAGACGCUGUUUAAGAUGGGAGCUACUGCGUCCUGCCAGCGAGGGGAACGAGUGAUACUUCCUAAACACCUACAGGAUGUGCAUCCAUUUCAUUACCUCAUCACCACCCAGUAUUCUGCCUACAUCAUAGAUGAACGAUUCCCUAUUGUCCCCGUUCUGAAGUGGAGGCACAUGAUGGGGUCGCCUCCAAUGUUCGCCCAAGUUGUGAGCGGGGCAUCGAGGAACGAAACUCACAAGAUUGUCCUGGGGACGCAGCGCACUCAGGAAGCACUGCUUCUGCAGUAUUCAGGAGGUACACGGCUUCCCUGCCAGUCCUUUGGUCCACCACAGAAACUCUCCAGCAAUUACGAUAUGUUGAAGCAGCUUCCGGUCAAGUUAUUUCUGAGGCAAGAAGCAGUCAUUACUGAGAGACUUCACUCUCCGGGGGCAGGUAUUGCAGCAUUUUAUCAUCGUCGCGGGAGAAAUUCACUUUCUGUGAUUCAGCUGUCUGCAGCGGGAGAUCUCUUUUACCAAACUCUCGUUCCUCGGAAGAAUGGUUGCGAUGACGGAAAUCCAACGAAGGAGAGGGUCGGAAAUGACAGUGAACCUAUUAGUCCUACUCUGAACAAUGGGGUACUCUCAGAGGAUCCUUCUGGGCACGGAGAUCCAGAAGAGGUUGGAGGAGGGGAGGGCAAAAGAUCAGAGGGAGCCUCCCCGCCACUCAGAGCAGACAAAGAAGGAACUCCAACACUGAGCAGCCAGAGUACCAGAAAACCACCACUCAGUCGUGCUGCUCUUGUCACAUGUCGCAGGUGGCUGAAGUCAUUUGUAAACAAGCAGAAAGAACUUAAUACAAACUCUAAAGUGCUGCCCAAACACUGUUUCAUAAACGUCAAGCAUAAGUUUUCCUGCAAAAACAGCGAUGAAUCGGGCGACGCAUACAAGGAGGUGAGGGAUAGAAUUAAAAGUGUUAUGGAGAAGAGAGAGAUCCUUUCCCACAGCACGUUCCCAAUAUUGGACCCGGUUAGCGUUCCAGACCCUGUUGAUCCCUCAGUUUGGAAAGAUGAUCUGAGCGACAGGCUCACAGCAGCUUGGGAGGAGAAGUGGAGCGAAUGGUGGUCAGAGAAGCUUGGCAUGAACCACGAUAAGAGAAUUAAAGUGCUACAGGCGAAAAGAAAGAAUGAAAAAUCAGCUCGAGCGAGACACAGAAGGGGGCUGUCAGGCAGCUUCACCUCAUCGGUGUCUGAGUUUUCCGACUUCACUGACGCCUCAAUCUGGAGCAGAACCUCGACAGAGAAUCUCAAGGAGAGCGAUUAUCUGUCCGACACAGAAAGUCACACCCUUCUCAAUAGGUCCACUACAGUGAGCCGAGCAAACGGAAGUAUUGUCCUUGAGCAAGAAGAGGAGGUGCAGACCAGUGCGCCCGAAGCAGAAGGAAGCCAGAAAUCCGUAUUGGACCCAGGGCCCUCCCUAGAAAUUCAGUUGAGAUCCAUGCCCAGGGAACGGAAAGGAAUUCUACAGAAAUACAUGGAUGCCUUGGAAGACAAUCCACCUCAACCCGAGCAGGACGAUGAAAUGAGCUACUUUUUACCAAUAGCAACCUCUUCCCAAAUCCCAUUGAUGUCUACUCCACACGUAAAUACCAAUUGUGAAGCAUUCGGGCCCCUGCCCUCUGGCAGCCAGCCCCUGCCCUCUGGCAGCCAGCCCCUGCCCUCUGGCAGCCAGCCCCUGCCCUCUGGCAGCCAGCCCCUGCCCUCUGGCAGCCAGCCCCUGUCCUCUGGCAGCCAGCCCCUGUCCUCUGGCAGCCAGCCCCUGCCCUCUGGCAGCCAGCCCCUGCCCUCUGGCAGCCAGCCCCUGCCCUCUGGCCGCCAGCCCCUGCCCUCUCGCCGCCAGCCCCUGCCCUCUCGCCGCCAGCCCCUGCCCUCUCGCCGCCAGCCCCUGCCCUCUCGCCGCCAGCCCCUGCCCUCUCGCCGCCAGCCCCUGCCCUCUGGCCGCCAGCCCCUGCCCUCUGGCAGCCAGCCCCUGCCCUCUGGCAGCCUGCCCUCUGGCAGCCAGCCCUCUGGCAGCCUGCCCUCUGGCAGCCAGCCCUCUGGCAGCCAGCCCUCUGGCAGCCAGCCCUCUGGCAGCCAGCCCUCUGGCAGCCAGCCCUCUGGCAGCCAGCCCCUGCCCUCUGGCAGCCAGCCCCUGCCCUCUCGCAGCCAGCCCCUGCCCUCUCGCAGCCAGCCCCUGCCCUCUCGCAGCCAGCCCCUGCCCUCUCGCAGCCAGCCCCUGCCCUCUCGCAGCCAGCCCCUGCCCUCUCGCAGCCAGCCCCUGCCCUCUCGCAGCCAGCCCCUGCCCUCUCGCAGCCAGCCCCUGCCCUCUCAGAAACACCCACUAGCCUCUCACAGCCAGACUUUGCCCUCGCUGAGCCAGUCACUGCUCUCUCCGAGCCAGCCCUCGUCCUCGCUGAGCCAGUCACUGCUCUCCCCCAGCCAGCCUUUGCCCUCUCAGAAUCAGGCCUUGGCCUCUCAGAACCAGUCCCUGUUCUCUCAGAGCCAGUCUUUGCCAUCUCUAAGCCAAUCCGUGCUGUCUCUGAGCCAGUCUGUGCUCUCUCAACCAAAAAAGAAAAGAGCCAGAAUGGGUUUUUAA